GAUGAUGAGAGAAGCGAAAAUUGUUUUUGUUAACUUGUUGUGGACAUUAUUAUGGAAUAUGUACUUUGGACUAACUGGUAAUCAUUGAAACUAUUGAGAAAAGUGAGAGAAGUUCCUUUUCAAACAACGACACGGGCGAGAAGAGGGCGACCCUACAAUGACGUUACUACUGCGUGCUCUCAACCUCGUUCCCAUCCUACUCCUGGCGUUCGGGCUCCCGUGUAUUCAGUCCAAGGCUCUUUUUGAUUUUGCCAAGGCUUACGGUGACGUGUGUGGACUUCCGCUGAGCUCCGAAGUUAAGGAUGGGAGCAUUACGGCGUCGUCCAGCAUGGUUGGGUACCAGCCAGAACAGGUCCGCUUCCAGAAGUUGAACUAUGUGGGCUGGAGACCAGCAUUGAGCAACCGAUUGCAGUGGCUACAGGUUGAACUUCCACGGACGAUUUAUGUGACAGGGAUACUAACACAGGGUAACACCCAAAUCGACAACUACGUCACGCAGUAUAAGAUAGAGUACAGCCUGGAUUUGAAGCAUUGGGCGUGCUUAAUGGAUAUGCACGGCUACCCAAAGAUUUUUACCGGGAAUUCGGACCAUACUUCAACUCACUUGAACAAGUUUCGCCCGGCGGUCCUUGCUCGGUACAUUCGUUUUGUUCCGGUAGAAUGGGUCAAUAAAAUUGGCUUGAAGAUGGAGAUAUUUGGUGGAGGUUGUGCCGAAUGCUGGGAAAAGUAAACACAGAAGAAUAAAAAACACGUGCGGUUCUAGCUUCACAGUUCGCAUCAUUCAAAUAAAUCAAAUAAAUUCAGUGUGUAAGUAGCAUAAAUUCCCGAGUGUUGACUUAAUGUACGUAACGUUAAUUUUGGUGCAUGGGAAGAAUACGUUGUGUAUUGUAGAAAGUAAAAUAUCAUGUACAUUACCGUGAAGAAACACUAAACACAAAGAUAUUUGGGGACUUUUGGGAGUGAAGUUUUGAAGAAAUAAAACAAUAUUUUAAUUGGUUUAAAAGGCGGCCCGGGGAAACAAGUAAUCGCUGAUAAAUAUUGAUCUAGUGGGAUUCAAGGGUGGGUUGGAUCGGAGUGGAAAAUUCGGGUUGAGAACAGAGAGGGUGUUUGAAAAAAGUAUUUAAACAAUAACAAUGGUUAUUAAUUUAUAAAGUAACACCAAACUUAAAAACUUUGUAAAAUUAUCGAAAUUUUAUUUCAAAAUCUGUACACGUAACAAUCCGUGGUAGAGUAUUAAAUUAAUGGAGUUGGAUUAACGGAUUAAUGGAUUAAAAAGGUAUAUGAAAGGGAUUUUGUGGUUGGGUUGGAGUGGACAUGAGAUUCCAGGAUUUGAAAACAGAGGGGGUAAGAGUAACUAAAAUUAUAACAAUAAUACAUUUUUAAAAUAAUAAAUAUUAUUCAUUUAGAAUGUAAUUUUAAAAUGUAGAAAUUGACGUAUAUUUAAAAUUUUAUUUAAAUGUCUAUAUGAAGAAAUAACAAUCCUAGGUAGGUAUGGGAUUUAUGGAUUCGAUGAAUGGAUUGCCGGAUUAAGUGGAUUUUGAGGGUGGUUUGGAUUGUGGCAAGGGAUAUCUUGGGGGUGUCUUAAUCAGUAUGCCAACAAUCUGCAUAUGAUAAUAAUUCAAAUAUAUUUCAGACAUAAUAAUUUAAGAAAGUAAUGCUACAACUUGAAAGUAGUUUCAAAUCUAUUUUUAAAAGGUGGGAUCAUACUUUGGUAAUGACCCCAAAAAGAAAUUGUGUAAUUUGUUAUCCAAAAACCUAAAUGGUACUAAGCAUCAUGUGAAAUUACUUUGACUCAAGAGCCCUUGUUGAGUAAAAAUAAAUAAAAUUCUAAAAUAAUGUCCGAAGAUUGCUUUUAGGUGACUUCUGGAAAUUAUUGUGGUGUCCUUUUGAAUGUUGUCCUCUUCAAGGUAGUGGUCACUAUUGGUAAUUACUCAAAAUAAUUAUUAGCAUAAAAACUCACUUGGUAACGAGUAAUGUGGAGAGGU